AUGGAGAGCCUUCUCUCCCCUCUGAACAGCGCCAUUGCUACCUGGCAGCGCUCCAGUCCUUGCUGGGUGAUCGAUGUCAUCCUGGGCAUCGUGUGUGGGGUGCUGCUCUUCCUUGUGUUAGUCCACGGCUCCGAGAGUGAUGGGCCCUCCCCACCACCGAGGGAACAUGGAAACACCAGGAAGCGUUCAGUGGAGCUGAGGAGGAGCAGCAGGAGCAGGAGCAGGAGGAAAAGUGGAGCUUUGAAAGCCUGCAGAGAGUGCCUGCAAGAACUGGAAAAGGCUCGGAGCCUAAUCAAUCUUCUUGGAAGCCACCUGGAGAGGCCCCCUGAACAGGGCAGCUUUCGUCAGCGCUCCCAUCAAGACCCCUCUGGUGAGUUCUGCAAAGCAGCGCCUGCUGGAGCCAAUAGGCCCUGUGGGGAGCUUGUGGAAGAUGCUGCUCCCACCAUGUCCCCCUCGGCUUCUCUGGCUCCUGUGACUGAGUACCCGUUACCUCUGGCCUCCACCUUGUCACCAGGCCCCAGCUCCUCAGUUUCCCUUCAUUCCCGCUCAUCCCUGAGUGCCUCUCGGCCACCAGAGCCUUUCCUUCCCCUGGAUGACCUUUCACCCCAGCCACUUGCACUUUCCUGUUCCCCCUCACUUCCCCCUGACUCAGGGGCCCACCCUCCACCUCCCACAGCCUCCUCUGCCCCCCCAACACCAGCCUCCACUCUGACUCUUCCCCAGUGUGACUCAGUGACACUGACACUGGGCCCCAUCCUGCAGAGUUCAUGUCCACACACACCUCGGUCAGCUUCUCCCACCCCAGCCAUCUCAGGCCUUGGCCACUCAAACUGUCCCAUUUCAGCCCUGUCCUGGUGGCAGGUGGCUGCUAAAGCCUCAUGCCUCUCAGCCUCAUCACAGUGGGAGUCCCAGCAAGAGCACCUGUCUCACCACCCACCAGAGGCCUCGUUCCAGGAAGACCCCGCAGACAGGCAGGCAGAGGCUGGGGCCCUCUCUUUGCUCAGCUCUGAUGAGCAGAACCUCCUGGAGAUACACAUCGCAAAGAGAAUCAACAUAACGAUUUUGAAAGAAAAUGAAAAAUACGCAUUGUAUCCAAAACAAAUGAACCCAAACUACCACCCGCACUCUUUGGGGAAUACGUGGAAAUCACUGGGUGCUGAUCAGGACACCACAACCCCCCAACCCUUCUGGAGCAUGGAGGACAAACAAGAACAACUGCAUAGACCUCUGCAGCUCUACAGCCAGCUUUUUUGGGGUCUCCCCUCCCUGCAUAGCGAAUCCCUGGAGGCUACUGCCUGGACAUCCAAGGGCUCUUCCACAUUACAGCCUCCACCUUUCUUAUUCAAUGGCAUCUCGAGUGCCUGCCCAGUUCAACUGCAGGCUACAAUACCUCCACUGCUCUCCCAUUCCCAGCACAUGUCUCACUUGGAGUCCCAAUCUCCACCCUUGCUUCCAACCAUGCUUCAAUUACAGCCCCCACCUCUGGCUCAGGUCCAGGACCGGGGCCAUCUCCCAUCCUCUCUACCAACCCUACCACCUUCUCCACCUCAGAUGAGGGGCUGUGGAGUAUCAUGCCCGACAGCCCAGAAUAAGCCGCAAUCUUUAAUCCCAGUUGAUAUUCAACAUCCAGAAAGGCCCUUGUUGCAGAAGCAAGUAGAAAGUGGGUGGGAUUUAUCCUCUGUAGUCAACAGAUCUCAGGAAGUCUUCAGUGUCUUCACAGCCAACCUUCCCAAGAACAGCAUCCUUCCUAAGAAUUUUCCAAUCAGUCCUGAGCCCCGGAAGCAGCUGGAGCAACAUCCCCAAAACUCGCAUAUGCAACACAGCUGGGAGCUGUCCCCCAAGAUCCGAGAACCUCCAGAACUAGGGCAACAUCAGAGCGAAUUACCAGGGACAUGUCAGGCAAAGGACAAGCAUGAGCCCUCACAGCCCUCUUCACUCACAGGUGAAAGCAGCAACGAUGCACAGAACGUGGGGCCUCAGCUAAGCCCCGAUACAGGGAAGGUCCCAGAAGAUCUCUCCAGGGGCUCAGAAAUCUCCUUAGUGACGUUUCAGAGGGGAGACUCUGAGGAGUCAGAAAGUGAUGAGAUGCUUUGGAGAAGGGACUCCAGAAGUGAGUUACUGAGGAACUUAGACAAAAAUCUAGAAAACACGCUAAAAGGCCACUUGGGCAGAAAGUUGGGACAGGUGAGCAAGAACCUGAUGAGUGUGCAUGGACCCUGGCUUCCUGUCAACCACUCUUAUGCCACGGCUGACACUCACAUGGAAACCAAAAAUCUAGGAAUCUUAAAUGGCUGGGAACCCUGCAUGAACGCCUCCCCCGGGGCCUUCUUUCUCGAUACAGACAUUCAAAAGGUGCUAGAAGCACAUGUUACAAAGUUAUGGGUGAAGCACCGGUGGGGCCUGCCCCUCAAGGUCCUCAAGCCCAUGGGUCUCCUUAAGUUGAAAAGGGUUCAGGCCUCACCCAUUCUGCAGUCCCCCCUGCCCCCCUCACCCAGCUGUGUAUCUGGGGCCUACUCGAUAGUCAAGUUUGUUGAGUUCCCGGGAAAACCUCCUCAGGCCUGUCCAGGAGAGAAAGUGAAACCAGAAGACUCAGUUCCCACCCUGGCAAGGCCUCUCCUUGCCCCCUCACCUGUGUGUGAGGACAUGCAGAGUGCUCUGGGAGGGACCCCACCUGGUGCUGACCAUGGGCCUGCAAAGGCCUCUCUGACUAGACAGGUGGAGUGGGCCGAGAGGGGCAGCUUAGAUCUCAGUCCAAGUUCAGCAAUAGCCAGGAAUGAGCCAAGAGGGAAGAGUAGGAGUGGGGCCUCACAAGACCCCUUCAAUAGGGUAACAAUGCUGGAGAUGAACUUAGGAUCCCAAUCUUUGAGGGCCAAAGAGGUGGAGGAGACAAUGGAGGCCAGUAGGUCCCCUGCUCUUCAACCAGAAUUGGGAACAAAUGUACAGACAACAUCCCAAAACAUCAAUGCACAUUUGAGGAAUGUGGAAGCUCCAAGGACCAGUAGCGUCUCCCUAUUCCCUAGAAUGUCUGUUCUCCAAGAUCCAGGAGAGCCAUGCCUUAAAAAUGAGGUCACUAAUGAACUUAAGUCCAAAGUGAAGGUACCGUCAAAGAACCAACCUCAAGACUGUCCCACACACAAGCCCCUUGCUGCAGACAACUUGGCUUCUCAGGUGCACCAUCGCCCCUUCCAGAGAGAGCUCCCUGGAGUCAGGCUAGCUUCCCAUGUGUUAUGUGGCCUUAAGACACCCCAAAGGAGCAGCCAAGGGAAGCAGGAACCCAGGAUCUCAAAUGUUCAAGACUCUUGGAAGAAUCAGAGACAAAUGAUCGUCCCUGCCUGGAAGAGAGAGAAUUGUAGGAGGCCCAGCCCAAGAGAGCAGGCAGAAGGGCCUGAGAAAUUGGGGACUUCUCACACCGUUAGAAAGACCCCCUCUGCCAUGGCUAUGGGCACAGUAGACUCUGUUGGGAGGAAAUACCUUCAGCUGGGGCCAGAGAAGAAACAGGGUCCUCCAGAAAGUUUCUUCAGACAAAGAAUGAGGCUCUUUUUUCAGGGGAUUUUCUCGAAUAAAAAACUCAAAGGUCAGGAUGCUCUGCUAAACUACAAGCUCAAUUCAGCCCCUGCCCAGGGCCAAGGACCAGUCAAAAGCAUAUCGAUUAUGGACCCCAAGAUCCCUGAGGCUCAGACACUCAUAACAACUGUAGGACAGAUUCUAGAGGAGAAAAUUGCCAUUCACCAUGGACUUCAUACCACAGCGUUAAAUGAGCACAUACAGGAACCCCAAGCCCCAGUGUGUGGGUGCUUUUGCUACAACAGGCUUCCCUUCUACUCAGAGAAAGGGGGAGUGAUGAGUCAUACAGCCUGCAGUCAGCAGGCCAACUCUAAGGACCAGAAUUGUUCCACUAGGGAAGGGCAAGUCCGACAGACAGAGUCCUUGGAAAGUAUCAGACUCAAUGAUGAGCCCUUGGGCCUGAGUUGCCUCACAUCUCUGCCCCCCAAGAAGAUUUUGUCUCCAGUCCAUCUCUGCCAGGAUGGGCCAAAGGUGCCAGGUGCCCUAGGCCACCCUCAACACUGCCCGAGGCACUGUCUUUUUCGGGUGGGUGUCUUGCCUGGUCGACCAUAAACAUGUCUCUAUGAAAAAAAUCAGUCCAUUUUCUCAACACAUUCAAAAUAUUUAAUUUUCCUCAAUAUAUGUUUGUUUCCUCCUAA